ACUCAAAACAAAAGCGAAAGUGAAGAGUCUCUGUGUUUUCAGCUCGGUUCUGUUUGCUGUGGUGCCAAAAACCGGAUAACAAACCGAACUGUAUCAGCUGGUAAUCUGGAAUUGGCUAUGGUGAGAUUUUGAGCAGAGACUGAGCUCUGAGGAUUCACUCUGAAUAUCAGAGAUCAGACAUGUAGGCGAGCUCCGCCCAGACGCACUGCGCUCAUCCUGCGUAUAUAAUUCCCCUCGUCACGGUGGGGGGAUAUAGACCACCAUCACUGUUGUCAGCGUAAGUGUUCACACCGCUCUACUGCCAGUUUUACAAGAGCACAAAACAAAGUUUUUGUGGAGCAGAGCUGUUUGUCAUGAGCCUGCAAGACCAAAUUAAGAAGGAUUUCCUUCUUCCUGACCUGAGAAAAGAUGGUGCAGUGAAAUAUCUCGAGAAGAUCAGCAAUGUGGUUACGAAAUAUUGCCAUAAGCAGAUUGAACUAAAAAAGGUGGAAAAAUAUAAAUUCAGGAUUGGACCAUUUAAAGGCACAUCAUACAGAGAUGAACCUGACCUUUUAGAGGAGUGGGAGCAGUUCUAUCUUCCAGAUCACAUGAAAAUGGAGGUGAUCGGGUUUCUGGAGGAGUUCCCGUGUAAUGCAGACAGUGCUGAGCUGGUUCAUAUGGUGUGUGAAGAUGGGAGAGUGUUUGCUUAUGAAGAUGAGCGGCUGCAUCUGGUGGCCAACGAUCUGAAAGAGCUCUUUGAGCGCGGAGUCCAGUUUCCAGGCGCCAAGUACUACUACCGUGGCCAAAGCUUUGAAGAUAUGACAGAAGAUGACUGGGAAAAAGUGAAAAAAUCUGAAGAAGUGAUUGCAAGCACCAGAGAACACCAAGAUAUGCUUCAGCGCGUGAAGCAUUCCUACUUGAGAAACUUGGAGAUUAUCAAACAGAGACAGCAAGGAGAGCUGCACCCUGCUGAGAUGGAAAGGGAUCCGUGUGUACCAGUAACUGUUUUGUGAAAGAUGAAGGUGUGGUCCUGACAUGGUCUGAUUCAUGUUUGCUUUAAGAAGUAUCAACAUUGCAGUCCUCAAAGCAAA